AUGGCGUCCGGCCAACAACAGAUCAACGUCACGGACCUCGAUGUUCCCCAACUAGCAGAUGUCCGGAGGCAACUGGAAGAGGAGCUCACGCACCUGUCGAACUCGUACGCGCAGCUGCGGCAAGCGCAGGCGAAGUUCCGUGCCUGCAUCGACAACGUCGGGCAGGUGAAGGCGGAGAACAAAGACAAGGCGAUCCUCGUUCCCCUCACGAACUCUCUGUAUGUCCCGGGGAAGCUCAAUGACACGGAGCAUGUCAUUGUGGACAUUGGCACGGGAUACUACGUGAAAAAGACACGCGCACAGGCAUUGAAGCACUACGAGUCGAAAGUCGAGUACAUCCGUACGAACCUCGAGGCGUUGCAGGAGACGAUUCAGAAGAAGCAGGAGAACAUGAACUACCUCAUCAACAUCCUGCAGAUGAAGUUGCAGCAACAAGCAGGCGGGAAGGAGGUCAAGGCUGGGUGA